GAAGAGAUCCGCUCUGACUUGGACUGCCUCGUCCCUUCCCAUGUAGCCUCUCCCGGAGACAGCGGGACAUCCCUUCCGAUCAGCCCCGAGAGAAAACCCAGUUCACGUUAAUCCUGAUCUGAGAACAGAAGGGUAACAGUCAUCACAAGGUGUCGCAGUAUGCCAGCAGCUUUAUGGAAACUCACCUUUGCCUGCUAGGUCCCAUUCAUUGAUUUACACACGCACAAAGUCAGCAAACAUGUCAGAACUCAACCCUACCUCUGGACUAUCAGCAGAUAUUGAAAAUGGGACCUUUCUGGAACUGUAUCCCACAUCUCUCUCAACAUCGAUGGAUUCAUCUUCGGGACGCAUGUCUAAUGUCUAUGUCUAUGUUUCAAUAUUCCUCAGCCUCUUGGCUUUCCUCCUGUUGCUGUUAAUCAUUGCUCUUCAGAGGCUGAAAAAUAUCAUCUCCUCCAGCUCUUCCUAUCCAGAAUAUACUAGCGAUGCCGGGAGUUCCUUCACCAACUUAGAAGUUUGUAGCAUUUCUUCCCAGCGGUCUGCUUUUUCAAAUCUGUCUUCAUGA